CGGGGGCGGGGCCAUCCGGUGGACCCAGACGUGGCGCAGUUCCUCUGGGGUUCGCCUCCUGUUUUGUGGAUCAUCUUCGGCCCGGUUCCGAUGCACCUCCUGCUUCCUCCACCGCCCCUGCUGCUGCUUCUCGCGGCACUUGGGGCUGCCGUCACCACCUUCCGGCCAGACUGGAACCGCUUGCACGGCCUGGCCCGAGCCCGGGUAGAGACCUGUGGGGGAUGACAGCUGAAUCGCCUGAAGGAGGUGAAGGCCUUCGUCACCCAGGAUAUCCCUUUAUAUCACAACCUGGUAAUGAAACAUCUUCCGGGGGCAGACCCAGAGCUCGUCCUGCUGGGCCACCGCUACGAAGAACUGGAGCGAAUCCCACUAAGCGAAAUGACCCGCGAGGAGAUCAAUGAGCUGGUGCAGGAGCUCGGCUUCUACCGCAAGGCAGCGCCUGACGAACCUGUUCCCGCGGAGUACCUGCGGGCUCCCGCCAGGCCUGCUGAAGGCCCUAUGGCCCGCGCUGACCUUUAGGUCCAGAGAUGAGGGCCCGCUCCCUCCCCCGCCUGAGCCCUGGGGACAGAAUGAAGCGCUCAGCGUCCCGGGAACAUCUCCCUCGCUGAGGGCCGACUCUCCGUCCUAGAGCCGGUAGAGAUGGAGUUGGGGGUUCCUCCUAACCCCUCUUUCUUCCCUCCCCAGCUCAAUUAAAUCCUUUUUCGCCCUAACGGA